UACUACCGUAUCCUAAUGAGAAUACGCUGUAUCCUAAAGAGAUGCCUUCAGAUCAUUUCACAGUUUUGUUCAGAUUUUCCUGUCCCUGCAGUAUUAGCCAUGCCCUGGCAUUCAGCCAUUCACUCAUAACCAUGCAGGACUGCAGGGACCUUGAGGCCCAGAUGGCCUGUAAAGAGAAGGAGUGGAAGGAACUUCAGGCACUGCACGUUCAGCGGCUGGAGACCGCGCUGGCCACAGCCACAGGCCAGCUGUCCACUGAGAGGGAGCGCUACUUCUGCUUGCGGGAUGACUUCCAGCACAACCUGCGUGUGCUGGAGGAGCGGGACAGAGAGCUGGAGUGUUACGAUGCUAUGGCUGCCCGUAUCCAGACUGACAACAGCGCCCAGCAGGAGGAGCUGAGUGAGCUAAGGAUACAGGUGGCUAAACUGCACGAUGCCCUGGCAGAGGAGAGGAGAAAGAAUGAAGAUCUGCAGACUCAGCAUCAGAGCAGAGGGGUAGAACACCGGCUGCAGCUGGAAAGAGUGCAGAGUGUGAAGGAGAAUGAGAUUCAGGGCCUCAGGGAGGAGAAUGAGACACUGAAACGAGAUCUGCAACGGCGAAUCCAAGAGUCUGAUGGGGAACUGGCACUGCAGAAACAGGAACUGAUGGCAGAAUUCGACAGUGAGAUGAGAAAGCGGGAGCAUGAGUUCAAUCUGAGACUAGAUGAGAUGCGUAACUUUGUGCUGUCUCACGAGCUCCAGGCGAGGCUCCUGAACAAAGAGCUGGAGGUUCAUGCCAAAGCACACAGCCAGGCUAGCAAGGCCUUGCAGGUGUCUGAGCAGCUCUAUCAGCAAGCUCAGAAAGAUAUCCUGCACAGAGAGUGGGAGCUCAGCAACACCACUGCGCUCAAAGACUCCAGGAUAAACGAGCUUGAGGAGAAACUGAAUCAAAUGGAAGCCAAGCAUAAAAAAGAAGAAGAUGGGAACAACAGGAAGCAUGCAGAGUUGGAGCGCAGGGCUCGGGAGAGAGAGGCCACUCUGAAGGCCAUGCGGGAGGCCCAUGCCUCUGACAUACGUGAGGAGAGGAGGAGGACUGCAGAAGUCCAGAGCCAGCUGGACAGCUUGCUCCUGCAGCAGCAGAGGAGAGAGGAGAGCCACGCGGACAAGCUCCAAAACAGAGAGCAGAAGAUACAGGAGCUGUCUGCAGAGCUGAAAAAGAUGCAGGCUGCCUGGGAUGCUUACAUCACACAGGUCUCCAAAGAGACGGUUGCCAAGGACACAGCGCUGCUCUCUGCAGGGGAGAAAGAGGCCAAAGUGAGAGCAGACCUACAGAAGUGUAAAGAGGAUUUGGAGAGGUACAAGCAGCAGUUGACCGCUGGCGUUCAGAGGGAGCAGGCUCUGGAACAGAAAUGCGUGCAGCUGGAGCUGGACUGGGAGCGGCGCUGUGAAGAAGCACGUGCUGAACACUACCUCAAGAGCGAGGAGCUCAUCCAGGGUCUGACCCAGGCCAGAGACCAGGUGCGUGCUGAACUGAGAGAGAAGGAGCAGGAACUGCAGGAGACUGGCGCUCUGUUGAAGAGUGUGACCAUAGAGAGAGCCCAGGCUCUGUCUGGGGCUCGGUGUGCCCCGAGCACCACUUCUCAGGCAGGUGGCGUAGCAAGUCACAGUUUCCCCUCAGAGGAGAUCCAGCGCCUCCAGCAGGAGAACAGCAGCCUAAGGGAAGUGGUGGCUGAGAUGAGGAGACAAAUGGAGAGUCUCAGUAGACACGUUCCCCCAGCUCAGAGCCCCAGCAUGACUCAGCACAUUGAGUCAGCAGCCUGCAGCGCUGGAACUGCAGAAUAUAACCAGGCUCUGGAGGAAGAACUAAAAAACUUGAAGGCUAAAUGCAGACACCUUGAACAGCAAUUAGAAGAGGCCUGUAAAACAACUAUUCCAAGGGCCACUGUUGCGUCUGUACUCCCUGUUUCCCCUGACAACGCCUACCUUCAAAACCACAUCAGAUCACUUAAUGAGACCAUAGGUGGACUGCGAACUGAGAAAGUAGCCUCUGCUGCUGCUCUGAAGAAACAGGAAGUUAGGCUGGCCCAUCUGGAAUCCACGGUGGCUCAGCUGACACAGCGGUGUCACUCAAAUCAAAUGGAAAAGGAGACCCUGCACUUGGAACUAGCCAAUCAAAAGAGAGGAGCAGCAGCUGAAGAGGCAAGACUGAAGCAAAAAUUGGCUGAAACAGAGAUGCAAUUGGAGGAGGUGAGGAGAGAGACAGAAGAGUACCAGAAAUGGAGCCUUCUCCAUAAUCUGGAAACAGUUGCCCUUGGCAACCAGGUGUCUGCACUGAAACUGGACAUUGCAAGCAGGAGAGAGCCUAUCGUCCUUGAGCAGAGUGACAUGCUAAAGCAGCUUCAGGAGGAGAAUCUCAGUCUGAGGCAGCAGCUUCUGUUCCGGGCCUCUGGCAUAGAGGGCGCUGUUGGCGAUACCAGCCUGCUCCGGUCCAAACUCAGACAGGCAGCUCGCUGGAUCUCUCGCCUCAGCCAGGACAAACGACAGCUCAUUGAGAUGGGUAACAGGCUGCGGGCUCAGUUGGCAGAGAUAGGCCUGGAUGAUGCGCGUCAUUGUGAAGCAGGUCCCAGGCCUUGCGUCAGCCUCUUGGAGAAACAGUCCUCCAGAGCUGCGGGUGAGGCCCAGUCACAGAGCCGCCUGUCCGCGCUGGAACAGCUUCAGUAUAAACUUACUACUCAGGAGCUACAAUAUGCACAGAGAGAUCAGAGUAAGAAAAAAACUAUUAUAGUGCGUCCCCAUUUCUCUGGGAGUGAGAGUGGGGACAAAGAUGGAACUACCAACCCUUGGGACCUGCCAACGAGGGACCAGUAUUCAGGCUUUAAAGAGAAUACUCCGCCCGUGCUGCCCCAGUGUGAGGCUCCAGGGCACACAGCUAGCUCUCCUCACUCCCUGCUGUCACUAGUGGCCACCGAUGGGUCACUGCAGGACGUCUGGCAGAUGCUGGAGCGCGGCUGGAGCCCCACGGUACUCACCUCCAGCAAUGGCGACAACAGAGAUGAGGUUGCUGCAUCAGACAGACUACAAGGCACAAGUGUCCCAUAUCGUGCAUCACCAGUCAAAGUUCAGGGCUUGAAAGCACUGGUCCAGGAAAGAAAGAAACCCACCAGGAUUACAUCUGAACCAGGCAAAAAGACAAGGCCUGCUGGCAAAGUGGUCAAGAUUCGAAAUUACAACAUUAAAGACUGAUAAAAAAAAGUUUAAAAAAAGAAAAAAUAAGUUGUGCCAUUGAACUUACAACUAUUUGCUACUCAAGAAUUCAUGCUUUCCUCUUGAUCCUAAAGUACAGUGUGGAAGAAGAUUUUACUUAUUUACCUGCUUUGAAUGCCUUUUGGCAUUGCAUUCUGUUAAAAGAAACUAUUUGGCAAACAUUUCAUUUAUUAAUAACCUUUUAGUUUAGAGAUGAAAGUCUAUGGAUACUUAUGAAUGUGUAGUUUUCUUUUCUAUGAAAAUGUUACACCUAAGAGCACAAACACUGUUUAGAUGAUGCCCAAUAGGUAAAUGUAAAUAGUUUGUAAGGCGGGAGCGGGAGGUAAAUAGCCAUCUAUUCAUUUGAAAUACGGAUAACAGAUUCCUUCGUACAGAAUUAAAAUAUAUGAUCCAUGUAUGUCAAAGUAAAAAAAACUCAGAAUACAAUAGAAUAUUUUAUUCUCACUACA